AUGGAUGUGUCGACUGUAGAAGUCGUGAAUCGUGAUCAUCGGUCAUCGGGCAGUAAUCCUCUCCAUGGCACCUCUCACUGGAGGUUGUCCAUGGCAGAUUCAAUGGUUGGGAUGAAGCCACGUCAGCCUACCUUUCCAUGUCAUUGCCUUGUCAGUGAUGACGAAGUGCCAAGUCACUGUCUGAAAACAACGGCGCGUGACCGAACAGAUCAUCCUCUAGCUUCGGUUCUCUCUCUGGAGGACCGGGAAGUCCUGGCCUACAUGAUUACCAGGUCGAUGAUGAUGUCCACCUUGAACUCGUCUUCGAUCAGCGCCAACGACAAGAAGAAGAAGAAUUUCGACACCCACAAGCCUCCAGUCUUCGAUUGUGGCUGUUUCGACUACUACACGAGCUAUUGGUUCCAGUGGGACUCGUCACCGAAUCGUGAGCUCAUCCACCAAGCGAUUGAGGCCUUCGUGGAACACUUGGCCAAUGGCGUUGACAAUUUCAGAACCCAAAAUAAGGAAUCACAUCAAAUUUCUUCGGAGAAGGUGAAUACAACCACAGCAUACCAUGAUUUGUUGAAUUGGGUUUGGGAUGAACAGACUCAUUUGUGGGUUCUUGUGCUGACUUUGAUUCAAAUAAAGAACCUAGAAUCAUAUUUCUUAAGGUUGAGCUACGAAGACCCUGUAAUUUAUGUUUUUGGUUUGUGCAGUUCCUAAUUUAGAUUGUAAGGUGUUGCUGGUAAUCAUUUAGAAUUUUAGAUCUACUCGUUUAUUUUUAUUUCACAGAUUAUUGAUAUAGGAAAAAAAAAUAGUCGAAAGAUCAUUAUUUGAUAGUGGAAUUAGUGAUUUUCUUAGAUACACAGGCUAAAGUUGGAGUUCUAGACUAUUUUGUUGAUGGGUUUUGCUUAGAUUUUGAUUUAGAAAUAGGAACUGAGUUAUUGAAAAAAAUCUUUGUUGUUGUGACUUUGAGAAAAAAGAUGGUAGUUUUUUAAGUUUUGGAUUGUUUUUGUUGAUGGGUUUUGCUAGAUAUCAAUCACACCUUGAAGUGUUCUAGUUGCAGAGUAAUUGUGGCUGAGGAAGUUGGUGUUGGGAAUGGAGGAACAAAUAAUUUUUGGUGUUGGUUCUUCUGCAAAAUUAGCUAGGGAAGUGAAAUUAGAAAAAGAUGAAGAAGAGUUUCAGAGCUGUUGUGAAGAUGAGGAUGAAUUGAAGGAGAGUUGGUUUCGGUAAGACUUGUCGCUGACCUGUGAGCUCAUCAACCAAGUGAUUGAGGCCUUCGAGGAACACUUGGCCAACGGCGAGAAGUCCAAGAAAAGAGAGAAAGGGAAGAAGAGAAAGAAAUUGGGUUGCCAGUCCGUCGAAAAGACAGCUGAUGUGCCUGACGCAAUCGUGUCGGAGUUUGA